ACCGCCUGCUUCCCUAAGCAAUGAAUGAAAUGAAUGAAUGCUUCUGCACUACUACUUUUGUAAUUGCAAAAUUUUGCUAGCAAUUUUCCCUUUUCCUGCACCUAUCUUGGGAUUUUUUCGAACCAUUAAUACACUUCCUGCCCCUCAAUUCAUACUCUCUCUCGUCUUCUACCAUCCCUCCAAUUCAAUUCUCAAUUCAUUUCAUUUCCUCUCUCUCUCUCUCUCUCUCUCUCUCCAUUGAUCCACACCCUCCACCUUUCCUCCUCCCCCCCCCCCCCCCCCCAAAUUAAAUUAUGCUUUUAAGAAUUCUCACCUUUCUCCCCUCUCCAUCUGCUUUAUAAAUGGCCUCAGAGCUUACAAUCCCAGCCACCUCAACCACCUCCACCUCCACCUCACGCUGCUAGCGGCGGAGCUCGAUCGCCGUGCCCAUUCACCGCCGCGCCGGCCACCCUUUAUAUAUCAGCUAUUCACACACCAUUCUUCAGCCGACUGAAGAUGAGCCGCAGGAACGGGCCGAAGCUGGAGCUGAAGCUGAAUUUGUCGCCGCCGAGGGUCAACCCUCGAAUGGAAUCCCCGAGCCGGUCGGCGACGGUGUCGCCGCAGAGCUCCUGCGUGUCGUCGGAACACAGCCCGGAGGACAGCCCGGAAGCCACCUCGAUGCUGCUCGCCGGCUGCCCGCGCUGCCUCAUGUACGUCAUGCUCACCGAGGCGGAGCCGCGGUGCCCCAAAUGCAAGAGCACCGUCUUGCUCGAUAUCGGCUACGACAACGGCGCCUCCACCUCCCCCGCCGCCUCCCGGAAGACGAGGAAGAACUGAUCGACUGAUCAUCAUCGAGAAGAAGCUUUUGCUUUUGUAAUAGCAAGCGUUGAUACAACAUCUAGCUAGCUAGGAUCCAUCCAUGUCUGUAGAGCUCUACUUUUAAUUUUGCACUGUGCAAAUAUGCAUAGAACAAAAGUGGGCUUAAUCAUUAGACAGUUCAUUA